AUGUCGUCUGGGACAGUAUCUUUUGAAGCGCCCUUGUCCCAGGGAUUCGGAUAUGGAAUCAUCCUGGGACUGGGGUUUGCUUUUGCUCUUCUCAUGAUAUUUAUUACUUGGGCUUUGAAGCGAUACCAGAAUGAAGUCCAAACUUCCGAAAUGUUCUCAACAGCUGGCCGCUCCGUCAAGUCUGGUCUAGUCGCAGCGGCAGUAGUAAGCAGUUGGACAUGGGCAGCAACACUACUCCAGUCUUCCGCAGUAGCAUACAAGUACGGCAUCUCAGGCCCAUUCUUCUAUGCAUCCGGCGCAACGGUUCAGAUUCUCCUUUUCGCAACCGUGGCUAUCGAGCUAAAGAGACGAGCCCCCAAUGCUCACACUUUCCUCGAGGUCAUCCGCGCACGUUAUGGUACAACCGUCCACGUCGUCUUCAUUGUCUUCUGUCUGAUGACCAACAUCCUCGUCACUGCUAUGUUGCUGACUGGUGGAUCGGCUGUUAUGACAUCGUUGACUGGAGUCUCGACCACUGCCGCCUGUUUCUUGCUUCCCAUCGGCGUUGUUUUGUAUACCCUCUUCGGUGGUAUCAAGGCCACUUUCAUCACUGACUAUAUGCACACGGUCGUCAUCCUGGUGGUCAUCUUCCUCUUUGCUUUUUCGGCAUAUGCAACCAAUGCCGAGCUGGGUUCGCCUGGCAAAGUUUACGAUGCCUUGGUCAAGGCCGCAAAGCAGCACCCUGUUGAGGGUAAUGCCGAGGGCAGCUACCUGACUAUGCGAUCGAAGGAGGGUGGUAUUUUCUGGGUGAUCAACCUGAUCGGCAACUUUGGAACUGUGUUCCUCGAUAAUGGUUACUAUAACAAGGCCAUCGCUGCAAGCCCCGUCCACGCGUUUCCCGGUUACGUUAUUGGCGGUCUCUGCUGGUUUGCCAUUCCCUGGCUCUGCGCCACCACUCUAGGCAUAUCUGCAUUGGCACUGGAAGGCAACGCACGUCUAAGCAGUGACGAUGUUACAGCCGGUUUAGUUCUCCCUUUCGCUGCAGUCAAGCUCCUUGGGUACAGCGGCGCUGUCGCAACAACCCUCAUGAUCUUCAUGGCUGUCACAUCCGCAUUCUCGGCUCAACUCAUCGCCGUGUCUUCGAUCUUCACGUACGAUAUCUACCAGGCCUAUAUCAACCCACAAGCCAAGGGUAAACGACUCGUCUGGAUCUCGCACAUGUCUUGUAUCGUCUACUCGAUUAUCAUGGCAGCCUUUGCAACUGGUCUCUUCUACGCUGGUGUCGGCAUGGGAUACCUCUACCUGCUUAUGGGUGUUAUCAUUUCAUCUGCCGUAUUCCCCGGUGCCAUGACAUUACUCUGGAAGGGCCAGAACUGGAUUGCAGCUGCUGUAUCCCCUCCUCUUGGACUGGCUAUUUCCCUGAUUGCUUGGUUGGUGACUGCGCAAAAGCAAUAUGGUAUCCUCACUGUGACUACCACCGGUGAUAACUACCCCAUGCUAGCAGGCAACGUCGCCGCCCUCCUCAGCCCAGUAAUCAUCUCACCCGUCCUAACCCUGAUCUUCGGUUCCCAAAACUACGACUACGUGUCCAUGCGCCAAAUCCGCAAGGUAGACGACACAGAAGUCGCCGCAGACGCGCACAUCGACAUCGAACUCGUCCCCGGCGAGAUCGGGCCCAGCGAGACCGAAAACGAAGAAGAAACCCGCAAACUCAACAAAGCAGCUUUCUACUCGCGCACAUUGACGGUGUUCAUGGCGUUCGCGAUGCUGAUUCUCUGGCCGAUUCCGAUGUACGGAACCUCGUACGUUUUCAGCAAGAAGUUCUUCACGGGCUGGGUUGUUGUCGGAAUCUUGUGGCUCUUCUGUACGCUUUGUGGAGUUGUUAUUUUCCCGCUUUAUGAGGGCCGUGAGAGUAUUGUGAGAGUUGUUAGGAUGAUGGCGCAUGAUGCUAUGGGAACCAGGCCCGCUGUUUAUCGCGGCAGGAAGGCGGAUGAGAUGCAGGCUUCUGGAGUUGCGACCCCCACGGAGACUCUUGGUGAGAAGGCUAAGGAGGCGGAGUCUUCUGCUUAG